AUGAUACAGAGUAACAGCCGGGCCAGGAACUUGGGUAGAUACAGAUUAGUUUGUUGUCCAACCAACGGCUAUCUGAAUCAUCGUAGUUCAUCUCGGGAGAAACUGGCGCUUCCAGCAGUUUUGCCCGAUCUUUUCCCGUCUCACUUUCCUUCCCUUUCCUCCUCCUCCGUCGCCCGCCUCACAGCUGGCUGGUGUCCAUACAACUCAGACCGCCGUAAUCCGGCCCUCGAUUAUCCGCCGGAGCCAUUGGGCUGCCUUGCUCUGCUCCAUGACGGCCCCGAGCCUGUAGCGGUGCUCGUUGCGGUCUGGCAGGGCGCUUUCAGGUACAGGGCCCGCGUUCCUGGUCCCAUUUCGUGGGGGCUGAGUGCCAUUCUCACGUUGUCGUCGCAUCUUCCGUUCCAUUCACUCCCAUCCUCAGCGGUGUCUCAUCGCAAUCGCGGCGCCUUUAACGAUACCUACGAAGUGAACGACCCUACACCACUUACGACCUUUCCACCGCAACGCCAGCAGCAGGCUGCUUCCCACACCCUCCCUGACCCCAUCUCCCACCCGUCACUUCGACCCUCGAGCGCUUUGGGAAGUCCUCGUUCGUUGCGGAGAACAUCCCGGCUUUUCCAGAGACCUCCCUCGGUAGAUGUUUCCGGGCGCCCGUCUCACAUAGAACAGACUAUCCCUGUGUUGGUGCGACCCGUCUCGGAGCCGACAAGCGGACUCGCUGGAUUGCGUCCCGCACUCUCCGAGGCGCAAACUGAAGAAGACGACGAAGACGUCGACUCGGAAUUUGAAGAUUACUCCCAGCGGCCAGGCGGAUCAUAUUGGCCCAACAGGUCGACCCGAGUCUCCCCGCGCACAGCGUCUGCAAUACUUUGGACCUUGGAGGAGGCAAUUCGCAAACCAUUUCCAUUCACGCUAGAUUUGGAGGAAGUGAAUGCGUCCAUGUCUGACGUAGCAGGUCCCUCUGGUUCGACCGGCUUUGGAGCCAAUGGCCGUACUCAGAAUGGGUCUUCUCGGGCUGCUCAGGGCCCGGUCCCUGUUAACCCACACCCACCAAGUGGUGUGCGGACGCCUACGGACAUCAUGAGACAGCGCCGGGAUCGAGAAGCUCGCAAGAAGGCGGAACAGGAGGCGAGAGACCGGGAGCAGGAUGGAUUUGACAGGCAGCAGCAGGAGAAUAAGGCCCCGGGCCAAGCUCAAACUUAUGCUGCUGGCGUUGCCGGUGACAGAACUUCACAACGAAGGGCGCCAAUUCCAGAGCGGUCUUCCACAACCACAAGGCGACCAGAUCCUCAAGCCCCAGCCCAGGUCUCUGGAACGCAUGGUCGACCGACCACAUCAGCCGGACCACCCAAUCCAGCCCAACCGCCCCAAAAUGCCCCGCAGAGUUCUGCGGGCCUCAAACAGCCAGCUCAAGGUUCGUCGGAUCCGCAAUCCCAGCAAUCUCGCCGCAUUCCAUUUCCACACGCGUUCGAGCGAUGGGAAACGCUGUCAUCUCACUGGGAGGGCUUGACUGGUUAUUGGAUUCGCAAGCUUGAACAAAACAAUGAAGCCCUCGACCCUCUCAACCAGCAAAUGGCGCGCCAAGUGACUGAUCUCUCUGCCGCGGGUGCCAAUCUCUUUCAUGCCGUGGUGGAGCUGCAGCGCCUGCGCGCCUCGUCGGAGAGGAAAUUCCAGCGUUGGUUCUUUGACACUCGGGCCGAGCAGGAACGGUCGAAGGAAAUGCUAGCAGAACUGGAGAGACAAGUCAGGGCCGAGAGGCAAGCACGGGCCGAAUCGCUUGCCUCGGUGCAAAAGGCUGAGAGCGACAAGGUACGCGCUGAAGAGCUGUUGAAGGAGAUGCGUCGUGAGCUGCAAAUCUCCAAGGAAGAGGCCCGCCGGGCGUGGGAAGAGCUGGGUCGGCGCGAACAGGAAGAGCGGGAUCGGACCAAUUCCCUGCGUAACGGAGAGCCCACCUUGGUCGGAGGAGUCCAAGUUGUACCCAUGAUCCCGGGCCCCCCUCAUCGGCAGACCUCCAAUCGCCCACCGACUAGAGAAGGUCCAUAUGCGGGGGGUGAGAGCGUCCCACAGCCCACGGGGGUGACAGAAAGCCAGUACUAUGCGGACACCCCUGCCUCUCCCACCGGGACCGACCCAUUCGUUGAGGGGCAGAGACCUCUCCAGGAGCCGCCGGCAUCCACAUCAACAGAAGCUCAGAGACCAUACCCUGGGCAUUUCUAUGAGCAGGAGCCCACAUAUCCUGCUCGGCCAACAUCUGAGAAUGACGACCGCUCGUACGGCCCCAGCGUUGCCAGUAGCGAGCAAGGCGAAGAGGAACUUGGUAGCAGCUACCGUCGCAACCCUCAGGGCCAUGCUACUGCGUAUCCACCUGCGAUGUCAGAAGGGAGCGACGACUAUGAGCAGGGGUCAGUGGAAGAGGGCGGAUACCCCCCGACCUCUAUGCCCGCGACCUCGGGAUCCAUGUAUGGAGGCAUCCCAUCCGUCGAUUAUAGUGGCUCAGGAUGGGGCGUAGGGACGGGUUGGGAGUCGAUGACCCCACGCCACCGUCAUCCUACGCGUCUCAGCGAUGUGAUCGAAGAAGAGGAGCCACGAACGACUCCCAGCCGUGCCAGCUUGGCGAGCCGAAGUGUACAGUGAGAUACUCCUGUUGCCGCCGUACAUACAGUUUUCAACAGUCCUUGGGACAAAAAGACGCGAGUUUCUUCUUGCUAUCGUUUAUACCAAAUUUAGCAUUGCCUUUCGCUUCAUCUUACCAGAAUACCACUUGUCGCUUCUCC